AUGCCCGCCGCCAACAAGCCCCAGGCCGUCAAGGCCACCGCCGCCAAGAAGGCCGCCCUCAAGGGUACCUCCGGUUCCAAGGUUCGCAAGAUCCGCACCGACACCACCUUCCGUCGUCCCAAGACGCUCGACCUGGCCAAGAACCCCCGCUUCCCCCGUAAGAGCGUCCCCCACGCUCCUCGCAUGGACGCCUUCCGCACCAUCCUCUACCCUCUCAACACCGAGUCGGCCAUGAAGAAGAUCGAGGAGAACAACACGCUCGUCUUCAUCGUUGACCGUGCUGCCAACAAGCGCCAGAUCGAGGGUGCCCUCAAGAAGCUCUACGACGUCUCGGCUGCCAAGAUCAACACUCUGAUCCGCCCCGAUGGCAAGAAGAAGGCUUUCGUUCGUUUGACCCCUGACCAGGAUGCUCUUGACGUUUCGAACCGCAUUGGCUUCAUCUAA